AUGGUGGAGGACUCAGCAGCCUCCUAUAUUGCUCUAAAAUUGGAGAAUGAAAUUCUGCAAGCUCAAGUGCAGUGGCUGAUGGAAGAAAAUUCUGCCAUCCAGGCCCAGAUCCCAGAGCUCUAGAUCCAAGGAGCCAAGGAGGAUGACCUACUCCAAAAGUCCUCAGAGGCCCAGGAGCCCCAGAACUUCCCAGAGCACCUGAAUUCCCCAGCAGCCUGGGAGGUCCAAAAGACCCUAUAGUUCAAAGCGCCCCAGAAGCCUUCAGAGCUACAGGAGCUUCCACCCUGGGACACCCCCCCCCCAGCAGCCUGGGAGUUCCAGGAGGCCUCAGCAGCCCCAGAGCCCCUGGAGCCAAUGGCCCAUGAGAUCCCUGCAGUAUUAGAGAGCCAGGGGCCUGCAGACAGCCAGGAUGGCACGUUGGCCCGUAAGCCCAAGAAUUCAGAAGCUCAGGAUCCUCUAAAUGUUGAGAAGCCCCAGGAGGCAUCAGAAUGCCAGGAGACUGCAGCACAGCUAGAGUUCCUUGAGCUUCCACUUCCCCAGGAGCCUCUGGAGCCUUCAAAUGCCCAGGAAUUCUUAGAACUCUCAGCAGUCCAAGAGUCCCUGGAGGGUCUAAUAGUUAUGGAGACAUUAGCAGCUUCAGAAUUUCCACAGGCCCCUACUGGGUUCGAAGCUGCAGCUUUCUCCCUGGAACACCAUUUAACCUUCAAUGGGGAUUCUCAGAAGCUUUCUGAGUUCCUUGUUCAAUUGAAUAGUAGUUACAUGAGAGUCAGAGGUAACCUGUAUCCCACUGAAGCAGCCCUGUUGAACUUUGUUGGCAACUGCCUCUCAGGUAAGGCAGGAUGUUGGUUCCAGCCCUUACUGGAUAUCCAAAGCCCCUUACCAGAGCAAUUUGAAAGUUUUAUACAUGUGCUCCAGGAUACUUUUGAUAAUCCAGAAAACUUUUGAUAAUCCAUGGAAGGCAACCACUGGUUCUGUCAACUCUGCCAAGGGGAGGGUCAUGUAACAACCCACUUCCACCUCGUUGCUCAAGAGCUGAACUGGGAUGAAAGCAGUCUCUGCAUCCAAUUUCAAGAAGGGCUUGCCAGUUCUAUACGAGAUGAACUGUCUCACACAAGGCCAGCCAUCAACCUAUCUGAUCUCCUCACGCAGUGCAUCAUCCUAGAAGAGAAGCCUGAUCCCAGUCCAUUAGGGAAAAGCUCCUCUGAAGAGGAAGAUGUCCCUGAGAGUCCACCAGCUGAAAACCAUCCUACGCAGACUGCAAUCAACUGCCCACACCUCAGCGAAGCUGAAUGGGCCCAUCGGUGCAAAGGCCACUUAUGCCUCUACUGCAGUUAUCCUGGUCAUUUUGCCAGAGAUUGUCCUGUCAAGCCUCAUCAAGCCCUGAAGGCAGGAAACAUCGAGGCCUGCCAGUAAGGGGGGCCCCAGGUGGGCCAGUCUACAAAUAUGCAUUGCCCUCUCUUCCAAUAUCCAUGUCUCAUACAGUAUGGCUUACUGUUGAAAUCUGACUGGGAAGAUGACGGUUCUUUGAGCAAGCAAUGGUAGAUUUGGGUUCCUACAGAAACAGCAUUGAUCAUACUGUGGUUCUUCAGGAGAAGAUGCUUAUCCACAAUAAUAUCUUCCCUCUGAUGCUGGAAACUGUUGAUGGCCAUCCACUUAUUAAUGAGCCCAUAACCAAGGAAACACCACCUGUCAAAGUUAAAAUUGGAAACCAUGUUGAAGAACUCCAGUUUGACAUUAUUCAUACACCAUGCUACCCUCUGAUUCUUGGAAUCCAUUGGCUUGAGAUACAUGACCCAAAUAUAGAAUGGAGUACCCUCUCUGUGUUCUUUCCUUCACAUUAUUGUCACUGCAAUUGCUGCAGGCACAGAUGGAAUAGAAGAAAUCAUGAUGAAAUAAUUGCUGGAUAGAUCCUACAUCCUACAGACUGCUCCUGGGAACCUGUCUUCUGUUAUCUCGACAGACAUAAGCAUUGCUGCUCCUUGAGUCUUCUACUGAACCUCUUGCUAUGAACUAAGGCAACCCGUACAAAGACUCUGCCACUUGGAUGAUGGAAUGAACCUGAUGACU